AUGGAGCUGCCAAGCCCCGUGCUGUUGCAAGGGCACCACAGAAGCGGCGGCUUUGCGAAGCGUAUGAUCUCGGCCGCCAAUGCGCUGAGCGGCGCCUUCCCGCUGGAUUGGACAGGCUCCGAGUUCGCGAGCUGCAUCUACGUGGUGAUGCUGCUGCUGGCAAUGAGCCUGAUGACGGAGAUCAUCCACCUGGCCAAGGAGGAUGAACUGCACGACGUGCGGAUGCCCAACGUCACCCACGACCUGGAGCCCGCCAAGGUGCUGGACGGCAAGACCAUCCCGACAGCUUUGGCCAUGCCUUCAGCCGAAGACGUGGCCGACUACUGGGAGGUCUCAUUCAGCCAACAAGGUGUGAGACCAUGCCGCAUUCAUGUGCGGCUGCGGACGGAGUUCUUCCUCCCGAGCGAGGGGGGGCCAAUCCCGCCAGGCAUCGCGGUGCAUGAGCUGGAAGAUGAGAGGACCACUCAUGUUGUUCCCCGUCACGAAGCUCGACACAUCGUGGUGGACAACUGGUGGCUGGAUGAGCGCAGGGUCAUGCCCUACACCUGGACGGGCAUGACAUGCUUCUGGGUUCGCCGGAGGCCCAACCGAGAGAUUGCGGAGGAGGACCAACAGGUCGAGGUGGACGACGAGGGCAACGUCGAGAAUUCGGAGUCUGAGGAGCGCACCGCGGAUCAGCUGGUGCCAUCGAGCGGUUCUGCAGGACACGGCGGCUUCAUGGAGAACCAGAUGGGUGGCAGCAGAAGCUACGAUGGUUCUGGCCGCUGCACUAUGGUGUCCUCGUGCUCAGUAUGGAGCUUUGCUCCCGUGGGGGAUGCCGGUCCCCCGUUUGUGGGUACGGCUACGCUCAAGGUGCCACCAGCCUGGAGCGUGGAACGCAAUCACCACUACUCCUUCAGGAGCUGGGUGAGCGACCUCGUUCUCUGGAGCAGCGCCACGGAGAUCGACCCCAGGAGGCAGGGCCCGGUGGCAGCACUGCAAGUGCAGGGCUCGGCCAAGGAGCUCGUGAGGGAGAUCACGCCACAACUGCUCCGAGACGGAGACGUAGAUCAACUCACUGGUCAACACCUCACGGGCCUCAUGCUGCUGGUCACGGUACUUGCUCGGAGGUACGCGCCCCUGGAUGCCGAGAACAGUACUAAGGCCAUCAGCGAGUUUCUGGGCUUCAGGCGGAUGCCUGGAGAGACAGUGGACGGUGUCUUGGUCCGCUACGAGGUCUUGCGCAUCAGAGCAACACAGCAGGGUGGCUUCAACAUGGGGCACAGUGGACUGUCAUGGCUGUUGCUCCAAGCGCUGCAGAUCAGCCCAGACGGAGAUCAGGCCAUGUGCCAGAAGGGCGAUAUCAAUAUUAGCAGGGAGCAGCUGGAGCCAAUGGUGACCCCGGCAACUACCUGGCAUACCCCACGUUUGAUGGACCUCCUGACGCAGGCGGAGCCAAUGAUCCUUGGCUACCCGGAGGAGGCGGUGAUCCGUGGGGCGGCUACAGGUGAUCAGAAUGGCUGUCCGAUGUGCGGCAGCUAUGCGGCUUGGAAUGAUGAUGAUGGUAACAGCACCAACACCAGCACGGACGACGAGGCGCCCCUGGAUGACCCGGAGGCCAACAUGACUGUCGAGGACGCUUACCAGGCCUAUGUCUUCGCUCGAAAGAGGAAGAAGGAUGGCAUGAUCAUGAAGUGCCACAGAUGCGGGUCCGACGAGCACCUCAUCAAGAAGUGUCCGAUGCUUGAUGGAGGUGGACAAGGACACAUGCAUGCCGCUGAGAAGCGGCCAGCCUUGGCUCUCACCACGAUGGAUCCCAGGCCAGAUCCACGACUUGUGUCCCAGGCCGGCAGCGAGGUGAGCUAUGCUGCUAGCCGUAAGCGACCAGAGCAGAGCUCAGUGGUCAGCACACCUCGACGAGUACGACAGGCACGGGAUGGAACUCCCCCGGCACCGACAUGGUCUCCGGGGGCAACCUCAGCGUCAUGGGAGCGCCCAUCAACACCGGCGGAAGAAGCGGAACACUUCGACCUCGCGAAGGACGACAGCACUACCAGCCUUCAGGACCCAGAGAUCUACCCGUUGGUGGAAGGCGCCCGAGAUCCUCUUCAUCCUCCACCUGGACGAGCCCCAGAUCUGAGCGCGGUGCAGGUGCGAGAUGAGGACCUCAGGCAGCAGAACACUGCUGGCUUGACGAAGCUGCUGCUUGGACUGGAUCGACGCGGCGGUGGAAGUGCUAGCGGUGAUGAUGGACGGAGCUCAGUGUUUCCGUGGUGGGAGAGUGGCCAAAGCAAACAGGCCACGCAUCAGACUUACCACUUGCGCACCAGAAUUCGCAACGGUGAGGUUGGUCUGCUCAUUGAUCCGGGAGCUCAUGACAACCUCGUUGGCGAAGGUACGAUGUUGCAGAUGGCCUCCCAGGUCAACAGCCAGAUCCACAACCAGAAGCUGAACCGUGCACUCGAUGUGGAAGGAGUUGGACAGAACAGCCAAAGGUCUGUCAUGUCUGCCAAGAUCGAGAUGGCAUUGGAGGCAACGAGUGGGGGCUUGAUGGGCAGCUCCUACACGGCGCCGGUGAUCGGCGGAAGCAAUCUGCCGCCUUUGCUGGGCAACAAGGCGCUGCGCAAGCAUCGAGCCAUUUUGGACUGUGCCUCGGGCACCCUCAUACUUCCCGGAGAAGGUGGAGUUCAGAUGGAGGGUUCGCCCGGCACCAAGGUGUUCGCCCUCGAGUUGGCGGACAGUGGUCACUUCAUUCUCCCGAUCAAGCCGCGCGAGCCUCCUGGCCUGGAGCGCGGUGGACUCAAGAGCAGCAAGGAGUUGGACUUCGCGAUGGGCUGCAGGCGCGUCGUAAGACCAACUGACCGGAGAAUGGAGCGCUUCAGAAGAGCGCUCUCACUGAAACCUUGGGUCACCAGAUGA